UUUAGAUUGAUUUAAUAUAUGCAUCGUGUCAUCAUGUACACUUCUCUUUUCUUCCACCCCAAGCAAUUCCCAUCGGAGCCCAAACCUACCACAGCUUGCACACUCACCACCGCCACCUGAGUUCGGUGUACACAAAACGAUCUUUUGACAAGUCAUAACGACGACUGCAACUGCAACUAGCUGCAGUAGUAGUUUCCCUUUUAUAUAAAUGGCAGGAAUACAAGAUACACCUUCAAUUCUUGAAACCUUGGAUCAUCGGUGAACUGCCGUUUCACGCAGUCGAGUCGAGCACCAUGUCCAGUGCUCCGGCACCACGCGUCGUCGAGGACUACCGCGGCGUCAUCCAGCUUCUCAGCGACGGCACCGUCGUCCGCUCCGACCCCGCCGUGCUGCGACCGUCCGGCGAGCACUUCCCUGACGUCCCGGGCGUCCAGUGGGAGGACGUCGUGUAUGACGCCGCGCACGGCCUCAGCCUACGCGUGUACCGUCCGGCCGCGGCCACCGCCACCGCCGGUGACGCCGCCAGGGAGGAGGAGAAGAAGAAGAAGCUGCCGGUGCUCAUGUACUUCCACAGCGGCGGGUUCUGUCUGGGGACGUUCUCGCAGCCCAACUUCCACGCCGGGAGCCUCCGCCUCGCGUCGGAGCUGCCCGCCGUCGUGAUCUCCGCCGACUACCGCCUCGGGCCCGAGCACCGCCUCCCCGCCGCCAUCGACGACGCCGCGGCCGCCCUGUCCUGGCUACGCGAGCAGCGCCAUCCGUGGCUCGCCGAGUCGGCCGACUUCACCCGCGUGUUCGUCGCCGGCGAGUCGUCCGGCGCCAACAUGUCGCACCACGUCGCGGUGAGGCACGGGUCGUCCGGCGGCCAGCUCGCCCUCGCCCUCGCGCCGCUGCGCGUCGCCGGGUACCUCCUGCUGACGCCGUUCUUCGGCGGGGCCGUGCGCACCGCGGCCGAGGAGGCCUCGCCGCCGCCCGGUGCGCCGUUCACGCCCGAAAUGGCCGACAAGAUGUGGCGCCUGUCGCUCCCGGCCGGCGCGACCAUGGACCACCCCGCCACGAACCCGUUCGGCCCCGACAGCCGCGCGCUAGGCCCCGUGGCGUUCCCACGGGUGCUCGUGGUGUCCGCCGGCCGCGACUUCCUCCACGAGCGCGUGCUGCGCUACGCGGCGAGGCUCCGGGAGAUGGGGAAGCCCGUGGAGGUCUACGUCUUGGAGGGGCAGGAGCACGCCUUCUUCUCCCGCCAGCCUUGGAGCGAGGGCACCGACGAACUCAUCCGAGUCGUGCGGCGCUUUGUUUACACAGAGAACGGCGUGGAGUGAAACUACUAGUGCAGAAUAAGCUGGCGUUUGCUGUUUGGUCACUUUGGUUUUUUUUUAAAGUGAAAUGGUGUUUGGUCAGUUAGUUUAAUAAAAACGUCUGGUUCUUGAAACCUUACUUC